AGAUUAAUUAAUUAUACAUAUACACCAGAUGUACUAAUUGACCUUGAAGUUCCUGUCAAAUUCCUCAAACUAGAUUUAGAUGAAUUAUUAAUAUCUAUACUGUUAGGUUAUUGACCUGAUCCAUCAUCCUGUAUUAUGGGAAAGCGAGAUGUGUAGUUGGUAUAGGAGAAUACUGUACACGGUAGAACACUGUUUUCCUGCAGGUGUAUACAGAUGGGACAUGAAAAUUGAGGUGUUGAAUUUUCUUUUUGUUUUAUAUUGGAAUCAUCAUGCAUACUGAAACAGUCGUCAUUAUUUCAAGUUCUGAUUCAAAACUUGAAAUUGCAAAUGCUUGGGAUGCUUAUACUGGAACCUGCUUGAUGUCAUAUAAAGGAGAUGCAGUUCCUGCUCAACAUGGUCUUGCUGUCAGUGGAGGAUGUAUGAUGAUUUGCAACAAAGGUAAAGCUCAAAUGCCUGUCUGGGCAUUGAGUGAACAACAUGCCAUGAACAAACGGAUUGUAGCACCUGGAGGUGUAAACGCGAUCGCUAUGUCUCCAGUUCGAGGAGAAUAUAUUGCAGUGGCUGUCAGAGAAACACUUUAUAUUUAUCAUGCUAGCACAGGAGCUCUGAUGGGGUUUGGAUCAGCACAUUUUCAAAAUGUUAGUCUUAUCACAUUCAGCAGUGACUCCAUGUUGGUAGCUAGUGGAGGAGAAGAUGGACUGGUAACAUUAUGGAACUUAAUAGACAUGAAUGCCGUUGAUUCCCCUACCAAACCGAGACAAACAUUAUCUGCACAUUCUCUUAGUGUGAUUGGACUUAAUUUUUAUGGUUUUAAGUUGUUAUCUUGCUCAGCUGACAAAACAGUUGGUAUAUUUGAUAUCAACUCAGGAACACAAUUCCUCUCUGUCAGUUUGGAUAAAGUUCCAACAUCCUUUACUGCAGCUCAAGAGAAAAUGUUUAUCGGAGGGCACAAUGGUACUAUAUCAGAACUUGAAUUUUCUUCAUUAAUUGGCCACUCCAUGAGUCGUAUCAGUAAUGACGAAAUUCAGACAAUGUGCCUUCAUGAAGAUGUUGUGACCAGCUUAACACAUUCACCAGAUCAGCAAAUUUUAAUAUCUGCUUCUACUGAUCAAACUAUUAAACUAUGGCACAUACAGUGUCGAAAUUUAGUACGAACUAUUAAGACAAAAUCACCUGUUAUUAACGUAGUUUGCUUUGAAACUCUUAAAUCUGUAUUUACAGCCCAUUAUCGUGCUUUAAAUAUUAGUAAUUUCAAACACACUGAUGAUGACAGUGUUGAACUAAAUUUGUCUCAUAGAACAGAUUUACCAGUCUUAAAUUUUAGAAAUUCAUCUGAUAGUGACAAAAACACUUCAUCUUCUAUCAUACAAAAUCUAAGAAAUGAGGUAAAUCGAUUGAAAGUUGUUAAUAAUGAACUAUACAAGCAUUGUAUGAAACAAAAUUUGGAGGCAGUUAAAAAAAUAACUCCCAUCAAACUCUGUCAAAAUUGAUGAUUAUUUUAAAUGUAGUAGCAUAUCCUUAUUACACACUUGUUUUCAGAUUUUUUUCAUUACUUAUUUAUUAUCUUAAAACAUGAUUAACACGUAAUUGUCAAUUUGGCUUAUUGAACUGUAUUGACACAUCAAAGGAGAAAAGCUCCUGGCUUUUAACAGAUUUAUUUCCUUCAGUUCUCUUCCCAAGAAAAACUCUGAGACAAGAUGUUUAAUGAAGGAUAACAUUUAUUUGAUUGAAAACACCUUAAGCCUCCAUAAUUAACUGUUACUAUGUUGAAGAUCUGUUUGAACAGAGAAUCCUAGCCAAGUGUGAUUCUGUACGAUCUUGACCUUUGACAAAGCAUUAUUCUUAUGAAUGAUUUUAGAAACAAAUUUAUAUAAUUAAUUUUUGGUUCUUGAUGUUUUUUAAUGUUGAUGUUAAUGAUUAAUGUUGUUUAAUGAUGAUUUUUAAUGUUUAAUAAAUUGUGUAAGUAGAUUCAUUUGAUUAUUUUGAAACUUUGAAUUAAGGGUAGAGGAAAUGAUAUAACAAAUUAAUAAUUGAUAAUUAUUAUUUUUAAAAAAGUGUUGACUUUCCUAAAUGAGAAGGGAGCAUAAAAUCCAAUCUGAAAUUAAUUCAAAAUUUAUUACUCAAAGCAAUGUAGGCUUUGUCCUUCUGUUUUUGAUUAUCAACUAGACAUAGCCAGUAGUAGCCAUGGUAUAAAGUCAUAUGGCAGACAACAAUUAUUAAUGCCUAUAAGAAUGAUAAAAAUAUUCUUUUGAAAAAUCAUUAGCUUAAUCACAUAUUUUCUAACAUGUGAAUUUGUUUCAAAUAUUUCAAUGCAUACUAUUCAUAUGUAAAAUUUCCGAUAAAAUUGUAACAUAAAUGUGUUUGUUCAAUUAAAUAUAAAACUUGU